AUGGGUGCAGGGAAAAAGAAAAGAGUUUCUGCGAUAGUGACAGACACUCCAGUAAAAAAAAAAGCCCUCGAGGAGGAACAAAAAGGUGCAAAAGAAAAGAAGGCAAAAGCAUUGGAAAGAAAACUUAAAUCACAGGCUAAAAAAGCACUUUUUCAAAAAGAAAGUAGGAGUAAUGGUAGAAUGAAAUUAACUAAAUCAGCUGCAGUAGGCCUAAAAUGCAAGAAGAAGCCAAUGGAAGAUGACAAUGAUGAAGAUGAUGCUGACAAUGAGGAAGAUGAAGAUUCACUGUGCCUAAGGUGUCUCAAGCCUUUUUCAAACAGUCAACCUGGAGCACAAUGGAUUCAGUGCACAAACUGCAAGCGUUGGGCUCAUCAGACAUGCGUGAAAAAUGAAAUCCAUGGACUAUUUUAUGUGUAUUAUAACUGUGCUGAUCCCUUGCAUGUGGAGAGUGAUUAA